AUGACCGACAUCACUUACGUGAAGUGCAGAGGUGCGAAGUACUGGAAUGAACUGGCUUACGACAGUUUGCAGAAAGCUAUUACCAGAGAGCAAACACUCAACACGAAUAAAGCUAAGAACGUGGUGUUUUUCGUCGGAGAUGGGAUGGGUAUAACAACCGUGACGGCUGCGAGGAUUCUCAAGGGGCAGCUGGAAGGAGAUCACGGGGAAGAAACAGACCUCGAAUGGGAUAAGUUCCCUAGUGUAGCUUUGUCAAAGACCUACAAUACCGACAGGCAAGUACCGGACUCGGCUGGUACGGGCACUGCUUAUUUUAGUGGUGUUAAAACCAAGACAGCAGUGAUAGGCCUAGACGAUUUUGCUAUUAAAGGAGAUUGUAAAUCUAGUCUCAAUGCUAAUGUGGAGUCUGUUAUGAUAUCUGCUCAAAAGUCUGGCAAGGCAACGGGAUUCGUCAGCACUGCCCGUGUGACACACGCUACCCCUGCCGCACUUUACGCACAUUCGCCCCAUCGAGACUGGGAGUGUGACUCUGAUAUACCGCAGAAGGAAACUGACAUUGGUUGCAUUGACAUCGCUCAGCAACUCAUAACACUCGCACAGGAUACACAGGUUAUAAUGGGUGGGGGAAGGAUGAAAAUGUUACCGAGAGAAGCUGCCGACCCAGAGUAUCCUAAAGACUCUUCUAAAGCUGGAUCUAGAAAUGAUGGACGAAAUCUCAUUGACGAAUGGCAAGCAGGAAAAGACAAGACAAACAGCAAGUACGUGUGGAAUUUGGAACAAUUUAAAGACGUCAAUCCACUUGAAACUGACAACCUUUUAGGUUUGUUUGAGCCCAGUCAUAUGCAAUUUGAAGGUAACCGAAUGAAUGACGUAGGGGGUGAGCCCUCAUUGUCUGAGAUGGUAGAAAAGGCCAUUCAGAUACUUCAGAAGGACAAAGACGGGUUCUUCCUGAUGGUUGAGGGUGGCCGAAUUGACCAUGCGCAUCAUGACGGGUUAGCCUACCACGCCCUGCAUGAUACCAUUGCAAUGGAUAAGGCUGUAGCCAAGGCGAUGUCAAUGACCAAUGAAAUGGAGACUUUAUUUAUUGUAACUGCCGACCAUAGCCAUGUACUCUCUAUAGGAGGAGCAGCUGAUCGUGGUAGUCCAAUACUCGGCAGAGGAGGUCUGAUGAAUGACGGUUUGCCAUUUACAACACUCUCAUAUGCAAACGGCCCUGGAGGAAUUGAUGAGUUAAACAGCUUUAAAAGUACUGGUUCGAGACGGAAUCUGACGGAUACCAACACAGAGGCUGCCGAUUUUCACCAUCCAGCGCUUGUCCCAAUUGAUUCAGAGACUCAUGGUGGAGAGGACGUCACUAUUUACGCCAAUGGACCAAUGUCGCAUCUUUUUCACGGGGUACAUGAACAGCACUACAUUGCCCACGUGGUCAGAUAUGCUUCCGGGUUAAACUGCCACAAUGGGGCGCCCUCUACUGGACCAAAUUCCAUUUUGGCUGUACUGUUGUUUUCUUUCGUACGGAAGUUUAUAGAUUGA